AUGAAAGAUCAGUUUAUCAAAGCUUUGCAAGACUACGAGGUGGUCACCCCAGUGAAAGUGACUGCAGAUGGGCAUUUUCUCUCCUACAGUUUACACCACCAUGCAUCAAAUGACAGAAGGAAAAGAGACUUAAGGAGAAAGGACAACAAAGUGUAUUAUAAAAUCAAGCACAAAGAGAAGGAUCUCUUCUUUAACUUAACCCUCCAUCAAGGAUUGCUGUCCAAUAAUUACAUUCUGGAAAGGCGGUAUGGCAACUACACUGGUGCAAAGGUCAUCCCACAUCUGGAAACUUCAUGUCACUUCACUGGCACGGUGCUGCAGACCCACUUCUGGAAUGGAAGGACAGCAGUCAGCGCUUGCACUGGUCUGACUGGUUACUUCCAUCUUCCUGAUGGAGACUACUUAAUUGAACCCGUGAAGAGCUAUGGGUCAGAGGAAGGGGCUUACCCUCAUGUGGUCUACAGAGCAAACAUCUUUCACAAGGCCUUACGGAAACGACGGGAUACCUGGGUGAAAACGGAACAGACCUGUGGAGUGAACGAAACGGUGGACUUUUUCAAACAGCAAGAGCUUCGGAGGGAGAAGUGGGAAAGAGAGCACAUGAGGAGCAAGGCAACCUCCCGCCGGUCCAUCAGCAGAGAGCGUUGGGUGGAGACUCUGGUGGUUGCAGACAGCAAGAUGAUUGAGUACCACGGAAGUGAAAAUGUGGAACCUUAUAUUCUCACUAUCAUGAACAUGGUGGCAGGGUUGUUCCACGAUCCGAGCAUCGGCAAUGCCGUUCAUAUUGUGCUGGUCCGCCUUAUCCUUCUUGAGGAAGAGGAGCAAGGGCUGAAAAUAGUUCACCAUGCAGAUAAAACAUUAGCAAGCUUCUGUAAAUGGCAGAAGAGUAUCAAUCCCAAAACGGACGCCAACCCCCUGCACCAUGAUGUGGCAGUUCUCCUUACCAGGAAAGACCUUUGCGCCAGUAUGAACCGUCCGUGUGAAACCUUAGGCUUGUCCCAUCUCUCCGGAAUGUGCCAGCCUCACCGCAGCUGCAACAUCAAUGAAGAUUCCGGUCUGCCUUUGGCGUUUACAAUUGCUCAUGAACUUGGACACAGUUUUGGUAUGCAGCAUGAUGGAAAGGAAAAUGACUGCGAGCCGGAGGGAAGACGCCCGUACAUCAUGUCUCGGCAGCUGCAGUAUGACCCCACUCCCCUCACCUGGUCUCAGUGCAGCAAGGAGUACAUCACGCGCUUCCUAGACCGAGGAUGGGGCUUCUGCCUGGAUGAUGUUCCAAAGAAGAAAGACCUGAAGCCUACUUUCAUCGCACCUGGCGUGAUUUAUGAUGUGAACCAUCAGUGCCAACUGCAGUAUGGACCCAACGCAACCUUCUGUGAUCAAGUGGAUAAUAUUUGCCAGACCCUGUGGUGCUUUGUGAAAGGCUCUUGUCGGUCAAAACUGGAUGCUGCAGCAGAUGGAACAAGAUGUGGAGAGAAUAAGUGGUGCUUCACAGGUGAGUGCAUCACGGUGGGCAAGAACCCCGAAGCAGUUCACGGCGGAUGGGGAUCAUGGUCCUCGUGGUCCCACUGCACACGGACAUGUGGGGCUGGUGUUCAGACUGCUGAGAGACAAUGUAAUAAUCCAGAGCCACAGUUUGGGGGAAAGUAUUGCACUGGCCAGAGGAAGCGCUAUCGCAUGUGUAACAUCAAGCCCUGCCCAAGAGCCACGCCAAACUUUCGUCAAAUGCAAUGCAGUGAAUUUGAUACGGUUGCCUACAGAAAUGAAUUCUAUGAAUGGAUUCCAGUUUAUAAUACAGCUAAUCCCUGUGAGCUACAGUGCCGCCCUGUAAACAACCACUUUUCAGAGAAAAUGCUAGAUGCUGUUAUCGAUGGUACGCCUUGCUUUGAAGGGAACAACAGCAGAGACGUCUGUCUUAAUGGCAUGUGUAAGGCUGUUGGCUGUGAUUAUGAGAUUGAUUCCAAUGCAACUGAAGAUCAAUGCGGAGUUUGUCUAGGAGAUGGUUCCUCUUGCCAGACGGUGAAGAUAACAUUCAAUCAAAGUGAAGGAUUAGGUUAUGUUGAUAUUGGCCUGAUUCCGAAAGGCGCAAGAAACAUCCGAAUAGAAGAAGUGGCGGAAGCAGGGAAUUUCCUUGCCUUGCGGAGUGAAGACCCAGCAAAGUAUUACCUAAAUGGAGGGUUUAUUAUCCAGUGGAAUGGAGACUACAAGGUGGCUGGAACCAUAUUUCAGUAUGGGAGGAAAGGCGACCAGGAAAACCUCACUGCCCCUGGACCCACGAACGAAUCUUUGUGGCUACAGCUCCUGUUCCAAGAAAAUAACCCUGGAAUAAAAUACGAAUAUACUGUUCGUAAAGACUGGAGCUCUGAGAAUGAAGUAGAAGAGCCUGAGUAUUUCUGGCAAUACGGAAGCUGGACAGGUUGCAGCGUAACGUGUGGGCGGGGUUUCCAGAGACAAACUGCCCGCUGUGUGAAAAGGGGGAAAGGUGUGGUGAAAAAUGUGUUCUGUGAUCCAGAAACACAGCCAAAUGGAAAGCAAAAGAAGUGCAUUGAAAAAGAUUGUCCACCAAGAUGGUGGGCAGGAGAAUGGCAGAAGUGUUCCACCACUUGUGGUCCAGCAGGAGAGAAGAAACGAACUGUCAUCUGUGUCCAGACCGUGGGGCUCGAUGAGCAAGCAUUGCCUGCUGAAGAAUGCCAACAUCUGCUGAAACCAAAAACACGUCUUUCAUGCAACAGAGACAUCCUGUGCCCAUCUGACUGGACAGUAAGCAACUGGACUCAGUGUUCGGUUACUUGUGGAGGAGGGGUACGGACUCGUAACAUCACCUGUACCAAAAACAAUGGGGAACCGUGUGACAUUUCAAAGAAACCCCAUUCUAGAGCUUUGUGUGGUCUCCAGCAGUGUCUAUCCACCAGAAGAUUUCUAUUGCACCCUAUCAAACUGCACAAUGGAAAGAUAAUCAGGAGAAUUGGAUCUAACCCCAGAAGAGGACCCACAGACAGGUCACCCACCCCAGAACCAAGGCCAAGAAUCCCAGUGACAACAAAAGUACCCGAACCCAUAAAUGUUACUUUGGUACCCAUAUCCAUUAAACCCCUUAUGAACUUUUCUCAACAAGAAGACUUAGAAGUAAAAAUAUUCCAAAAUGCCAGUUCUUCCAGCAUUCAUAAUAAUUCUUCCUACAUAGUUAGUGACAACAGUUCACUGCAAAAUAGCACCUGUGGACCUAUCACAAAUAGUACAAAUGUUUCCAAUUUGACAAACACGGGGAACAUAUCCAGCAUGAAACCCUGCAGUUCUUCAGAAGGUGGCUGCGUCAAUAAGGAGACUCUUACCACUGACGCCAUGGCUUGGGUCAUCUCACCAAGCUAUCAUUUAACUGAAGCACCCAAUUCAUUGACUAACAGUGUUGGUAGAGAAAGAAAAGACAAAACUGAAAGUGAAAGGCCAACAAGAGGAUCCCCUGCUACCACAGCUGGGAAGCCCUCCAGAACCUCACCAACAGCUUAUCAUCUUGACACCUUUAGCCAAGUUCCUGUUACUCCAACAGCAGGAGUAGAAAUUUCCUUGACCACAGUAGGUCUCAGUGGCCUUCGUGUACAAAUAAACACACCCAUAGCAGCAAAUCCUGUCACAGAACAGUCGGCAUUCUUAGAUGAUACCUCGAGAGACACGUCAGCGGAGAGAACAACACCAACAUCCUCUGUCAGUGAAGCUCCUGUGAAGACCACAGAAGGUCCUUUGGUCUGGGACACCACUACGCCAAAAAGUCAGGACAGCGCUUUCAGGACAUUGCCGAAUGUCUCUGAUCAACGUUCUGCAAAGGAGCCCAUGAAUUCACACCUUGAUGCCUACUGGAUGCUGGGGAACUGGAGUGAGUGUUCCACCACGUGUGGUGUGGGGGCUUUUUGGAGAAUGGUGGAAUGCAGCACCAAGAAUGACUCUGACUGCCUGCAUGUAAAAAAACCUGAUCCAGCCAGGAAGUGCUACCUCCGCCCAUGUGCCCAGUGGAAAGUCGGGAACUGGAGCAAGUGCUCCUCCAGCUGUGGGAGCGGCUUCAAGAGCCGCGAUGCUCAUUGCGUCGAUGUUCAUGACAACAGAAUCCUGAGGCCAUUUCACUGCCAGCUAGUAAAACGCAAGCCGCAGCUGAACACCCGCUGUAAUGCAGGGCCCUGUGCGGAGUGGCAUGUGGAACCCUGGAAUGAGUGCUCUGUUCCAUGCGGAGGAGGCACUCAGCAAAGAGCAGUGCAGUGCAUCAGCACUGAAGAGCACGUGGUUAAGGACGGGAGUGUGUGUGAGCACAAGGCCAAGCCUCCAGGCUCUCGGAAGUGCAACCUACACCAAUGCAUGGAGAGACCAGGCUUGCCUUGCAGCAAGGACAGGCUGUCAGCAACUUUCUGCCAGCGAGUGAGAGAUGUUGGUAAAUGUACCAUGCCAUCGGUGCGGAAGCAGUGCUGUUUCACAUGCCUAGGGCCCAGGCUGGUAAUGAAACACCGCCUUCGAAGCAAGCGAACCUGACACGUGGGCAGAGAAACUCGGCUUGCCAAAUCUGACUCUGAAACUCAAGAAUGCGAAAACUCAUGUACCUCUUCCCCCAUGGCCUAUGGAGCCAUCAGCCAGUGGAUUCGACCCUUUCCAAAGCCAGGAGACCCUUCUCUGAUUUUGCAGCGUUGGACUGACUUGUUCUGCAUGCAGUCCUGGAUGGUCCCUGUGUCCUCUCUGGUGCCCUUCGUGCCUCUGCCCUCUCCCUCUUCCUUCUCUCCUUCAAGAGGAAUGAC